AUGUCUUCUAAACCCACAAACCAAUCCUCUCCAGAAUUCACAUCUUACUACCUCCAGCGGGCUACACAAGAGCUUUCCGAGGAUCUGGACAAGGUUCGCAACGCCGAAGAUUUCAAGGCCGACUCCAUCCCUUUCCUUGUCCAUGCCCUUCAGCAGGGUGCGGGACUCUUCUCGCCUGAGGAUCAGAAGCGAGUGGUAGCUGAGCCUAAGGGCAAGGAAGGCGAUGCGUGA